ACCUUUGUCCAAAUAUUUUAUCAGGGCAAGGAUGUACGGAUGGCCAAAUACUUAUGUAUUCACAAAAGCAAUGGGAGAGAUGCUUAUAGGGCAUCUAAAAGAAAAUGAAUCUGUGGUUAUCUUACGUCCUACCAUUGUUACCAGUACUUUCAAAGAACCUUUCCCCGGUUGGGUUGAAGGGAUAAGGACUAUUGACAGUCUAGCAGUUGGCUAUGGUAAGGGAAAACUUACUGUCUUUCUUGGUGAUCUUCAGGCAGCCCUUGAUUUGAUACCCGCAGACUUUGUGGUGAAUUCUAUAAUAGUGGCAAUGGUAGCUCAUGCAAAUCAACCUUCUGAUGUGAUUUACCAAGUGGGUUCUUCAGCAAGCAAUCCUAUGAGAAACUUGGAUCUUCAAGACUACGGCUAUCGUUACUUCUCCCAAACACCAUGGAUUAAUAAGGAUGGAAAACCUGUCAAGGUUACCAAGGCUUUGGUAUUAGGCGACAUGGCCAGCUUCGAAAGAUACAUGGCCCUUCGUUAUUUGCUUCUACUGAAGGGACUAGAAGUGGUGAAUGUAGCGCUUUGCAAGUAUUUUCAGGGCACGUAUAUCAAUCUCAGAAGAAAGAUCAACUUUGUGAUGCGAUUGGUGGAACUGUACAAGCCUUACUUGUUUUUUGGGGGCAUCUUUGAUGACAUGAACACAGAGAGGCUGCGAAUGGCAUUAAGAGAAAGUAGUGCAGAGGCAGAUUUGUUUUGCUUCGAUCCAAAAUGCAUCAAAUGGGACGAGUACUUUCUGAAUGUCCAUUUACCUGGUAUCGUAAAAUAUGUUUUUAAGUGAUAUCCACAAGUGGAUUAUAGUAUUGUGUUUUCAGAGUUUGUACUACUUUUAAAAACACGUGUGUUCCUCUAGAGUAACUUACUUAGAAAUAUCUGUUCAACGCAGUCUAUUAUUGCUGCAAAUUUAUUUGAGAACUUUGGCAAGUGAUAUGUUCUAGUGUUGUACUAAGGGAUGUGAUGGAUUUCUGUUACCAAUAUGAUAAUGAAUUAAAUAUAUAUAUAUAUAA